UGUUAAUGUCAUGUCAUUUAAUGCCUGCCUUUCGUUUCGUUGGCCGGCCGGUGUACGAAACACAUUUUGUAUUUGUCGUUAUUAUUUCUUAAUUAUUAGAAACUAAAAUGUCCCAUUUUAAACUUAUUUCGACAACGAAAGCUUCAGAUGUGAUUCCUGUAAAUAAAUAUGUCUCGGAUAAAACUGGACUUACUGUUAUAAUAGCCGAAACCGAAGGCCCUCUCGUGAACGGAUUUUUUUGCCUUGCGACCGAGGCAGAAGAUGAUGACGGGUUACCUCAUACUUUGGAGCAUCUUAUAUUCUUGGGAUCUGAACGUUACCCAUAUAAAGGCAUCUUGGAUUUGUUAGCUAACCGAUGUAUGGCCCAUGGCACCAAUGCUUGGACUGAUACCGAUCAUACAUGCUACACAAUCAACACAGCAGGUGAUGCAGGGAUGUUGACUUUACUGCCUAUAUAUUUGGACCACAUCCUACACCCCACUCUCACUGAACAAGGCUUCAUUACGGAAGUUCACCAUGUUGAUGGUGAUGGUGAAGAUGCUGGAGUAGUAUACUGUGAAAUGCAAGGCCGUGAAAACACAGCAGACAGCAGAUGUGAGUUACGGCUAUUGAGAACAAUGUACCCUAACAGUGGGUAUUCAAUGGAAACUGGUGGUAUUAUGGAGAAUCUUAGAGUUUCUACUGAUAACACUAAAGUAAGAAACUUCCACAAGAAAUUCUACAGGCCGGAAAACGUGACUAUAAUUUUAACAGGACAAAUUGCAGCAGAUGACGUGUUCAAAGCCCUAGCCACUGUCGAGGAUGAUAUCAUAUCCAAGCGUGAAAAGGAACCACUCGCCGAAUGGGUAAAACCGUGGCAGACUAUUCCACCGCCGCCCAACUAUGGCGAAUACAAAGAGGAGUGGCCAGCAGACACCGAGGAUUGCGGACAGGUGUUAUUCGGAUGGCGAGGGCCGCUGCUUACUUCGCCAACUGCGAUGAAAGAUUUGACCGGUUGCGCUGUACUGCUUCGCUAUUUAUGCGAUACCGCCGCCGCGCCACUGCAACGAUGCCUCGUAGAGAGGGAGGACGCCCUCGCCGGAGAUGUGUCUUACAACCUUACCGAAAACAUCGCGUCGCUCAUCAAGAUCGAACUAGACAACGUGCCCAUGGACAAGCUAGAAGCAGCCCGGGAUGAAGCAAAGAAGUGCCUGGCUUCAGUCCGGUCCGGGGAGAUCACCAUCGACAUGGAUCGCAUGAAGAGAUUGCUGAAGAAACAGCUGCGGGAGAGUCUCGCAGGGCUAGAAUCGGAUCCGCACCACGCAGUCGCCUUUAGAUGCAUCGGCGAUGCGCUUUACUCGCAGAAUGAAAAGGACUUCGUGCUACGCAUGAAUCCGCAACAAUCUAUACAAGAACUACUGGAUGAAGACGAUACGUACUGGCUGGGACUGCUGCGGGAAUACUUCACGGACCAACAUGUGCUUAUAGUCGGCGCUCCUAGCAUACAGAUGCAGGCCAAAAUGGCCGAAGAAGAUAAGUCCAGAUUAGAAGCACAGAGAACGCAACUAGGAGAAAGCGGGUUGGCUGAGAAAGCCAAGCAGCUAGAAGACGCCACAGAAUUCAAUUCGCGUCCCCCGCCCCCUGGCACUCUGGCAUCGGUACCGGUGCCGUCAUGCGAGAAUCUGAAAUGCUUCAAGAUAUCCACGUGGAGCUCGGACUCAGACUCGGAUCCCUGCCCGCACUUCCCUCUACAAGACUUGCCCCUCUACACUAGAGUACACAGUCUUCACACCAAUUUCGUUUAUAUGAACAUAGUGUUCGACAUGACGUCGACGGACCAGAAAGCUCGCAAGUGGCUCCCUCUAUUCCUAAACGCGUUGGGUGAAUGUCCCGUACGACGCGGAGACGCGAUCAUUCCGCACGAAGAAGUGAUAUCGGCGCUGGAACGACUCACCGUGAUGUGCGCCACUAACAUCGGCUUUGGGUCUGCGGGGAAUUUCUCCGUGGGCUACUUUGGCAACUUCGUACUCACUGAUGUCAGAUGCGAGCCACAAGACUACGAGGAUGUAGUGAAUCUCAUGUACGAAGUAAUUUACUGCGCGGAAAUCACCAAAGAGAGGCUGCUAGUAUUCGCGCAGAGGCUGAUUAACGACGUCGCUCAGGUUCGUCGUAACGGAAAUGCAAUGGUAUACGACUCGCUGCGAGAUUCUUUGUACUGUAAAGACAGCAACAUGCACUGGUGUACCGUGCUCAGACAAUACAAGUUCCUCAAGGAAUUGGUGGAACAACUAAACGCGGGUGGCGACUCAGCCGAAGCCGCCUUAUCCGAAGCGCGUCAAAUGUUCAAGCGCAUCACGGAGCGAGCGUUUCUACACAUCGCUGCUGAUUUCGAUCGCCACAAACUGUCCACCGAACCGUGGAAGAAAUUCGCUACAGGCAACGAAAUUACACCUUCACAGCCGACUCUAUACCUAGACGCGGAUCUAGUAAGCGGAUGGGGCGGCGGUUUUGUAGCAGGCGUGGGCGGUCUCGAGUCCUCAUUCUUAGCGCAGUUGAGCCCCGGCCCGCGGGGGUAUCAGCCGGCCCCGGCCGCGCCUCUAACGGUCGCGCUCAACUACUUCACGCAGCUGGAGGGUCCGAUGUGGCGUUUGAUCCGCGGCAUGGGAUUCUCGUACGGCUACAGUAUCCGACCGGCGCAGAACGAGGGAAGAUUGGUGUUCUCUCUGUACCGCGCCACCAACGCAAUGGGCGCUUAUGUCAGGACUAAAGCCAUAAUGGAGGUAUUCCUAAAAACCGGCUGUGAAUUCGACGAGGAACUAUUCGCGUCUGCGAAGAGCUCCACAUUAUUCGAAGUUGUUCAAGCAGAGAAGUGUCCCGCAGACGUGGUCAGCCAAUCGCUCUACAACUACUUGCGACAACAAAGCACCAACUAUAACAGUGAAUUGGUGAGCGAGAUCGCCCGCGUCACCACGGAAUCCGCGCAGCAAGCGGCGCGUCGAUGGCUGCCGACACUUUUCAACGCGGAAGAAAGCAAGCUGGCCGUAGUGUGCCAUCCUACCAAAGUGACGGACGUACAGACCGCCUUCCACAAAAUUGGUGUAAAAUUGGAGACCUUUGAAUCACUGGAAACGUCUCACUUUAAUAAAUAAGCUAAGAUGAUCGGUAUUUUAAGAAUAUAUUCAUAGUUAUACGAGUAAGUCCAUUUUAAACUGUAUUUUUAAUAUGAUUAAAGCAAAAAUAAUUAUGUUACCCCCUUAUUAAUGAACGAAGAAUAAGCUUAAGCUUGGAUUUGUUACUAUAUGUUUUGUCUCUGUUCAUUGAAUGACAAUGGCAUUUGAGUGAUAGGAACAAAACACGUUGUAACUAGUCAAAGCUUAUUCCGCGUUUAUUAAUAAGGGGGCCAGUGUUUAUGUAUUGAUAACUUUCUCGCUUGGCUGUGCCUUACUUUAUAUUUAAUAUCAUAAAUAUUAUGCAGCUGUAGUAAAUGCACAUUGUAAUUGAAACUUGUGUAAUAAAUGAAUGUUGAUAAAAAUUGCUUUCAAUUUUACCCAAGAAUAAAAUAAAACAAAAGUUUUUGAUGAUAAUUAGUUUAAUUACCAUUCAUCUUAAAGCUAUCUCUAUACAAAAAAUAUAUAACUUAAACUUAAGUCAGAUAUAGUGAACAUCAUUAUAAAUCAUCUCACAACCGCUGCAACACCUUCAUAAAUUCUCAAACCCAUUCAUAGAAUAAUAUAAUAUCAUCAUUUUACAACAUCGUUCCGUCACAACAUAAAACACUGGUUUUUAACAAAUUAGAGAAUGUAGUGUGUAACCUUAUUUUUUACGCGAAAAUUUUUAUAACACUAGUCUAGGCUAACCUUACUUCGAGUAGACAAUAGAUACCUAGACGAUUGAGCUUUCCACUACAUCCUGCGUUCACAAAUACGUAAUUGGAAAAUAUUAACAUUUUGCAGAAAUUCAUCUUGACUUGACAUACAAUGCAUAUAAUAAUUUUUAAUCAUUUGUCGAAUACUUUUUAUUUCCAGUUACAAGCUCUAUAAUUACAGUAGCUAUUUAUAUUCAACAAAAUUUGAAUUAUUCAAAAUCUUACAAUCUUUAUGUUAUAAUAUAAAGCUUUUACAAAUUUUAAAGUAUUCGACAUAUGAAUUAGAAACAGCUUUGAAUUCACUUUCUUUUAACAUUUGUCAUUAAUACUAACCAGUAUUAGUAGUAGUAAUAUUUUUUGUUAGUGAACCAUUCUGAAAUAAUUCUUGAGGUAUAAAAAUAAACUGGCCCAAAGGUGCUACAAGUACGAACCAACUGCAUAGGCCAUCUCUAAACUUCCUAACCCACCACCUGUUACUGGUGAGGCUCAAUAUAGCUAUGUAUAAUUUAUGCAUACGAGAACUGUAUUUUACAUGUAUAAAGAUAUAUUUACAAGAUGCUAUAAACGAACGAACUUAUUAAUAAUAAUCAUAGAGAAAAUAAACGAUAUUCACAAAUAACAAUGAUCAAGAUUAUUAUGCAUAUUUGAUAUGCAUUUGCAUAGUUAUUUAAUGUAUAUAAAAGCACCAACAUUUUUUAAGCAUUUUACAUGCGACCAUGUUAGGUAGCAAUCGAAUAUUAUGUCGUUUUAUAAAUUUGGAGAACAUUUUUGAACGGUGCGAACAUUUCUUAACUGUAACUGUCUGCAUUAGUGCUUUAAAUAGUUUUGGUAAUUGUUUAGUUACGCGUAUAGUCUAACAUUACAACUAUAAUAAUUCACUAAAGAUACCUACCGACGAAUAGAAUUUUCUAAUAAAUGAACGUCUAAUUACAUUAAGACUACGUAAUAUUAGAGGCGGCCCCAUUUACAUUACCUAACGCCCUGGAGUCCUACGUUACCCGGACGCGGACACGCGCCGCGUAUGAUAAAGAAAUUUCUACAUACAUCAAGUACGUGCUUCUAUAUACGCUUCGGUAUUGUCCUUUUCGUGAUAUCAGUCACAUUUGAGGCUUAAAAUUCUUCUAGGGAGUCUUAUUCAGAUAUACUUCCAUUGUUUGUCUUAACCGAUGUAUAUAUAUAUUGUUAGCUUAAUAUGGCUGUCACCACACAAAAUGUUUUUAGAAUAUGGAAUUUUACAAUAUCAUUUAUGUAGUCGGUGACAUGCAAUCUCCUUCAAAACGAUUGUUGAAGAACGUGUCAAAAGGGCAUGCAGUGUCAUCUGCGUCGGCACAACAACAAGACUUUCGUACAAAGUGCGAUAAACGCUCUCAAACACGCAAAAGACGCAUGAUAGAAAAACAAAAAAUUAAUGCGAACAAGAUGCUUCGAGUUCAAUUUGUCGCACGCGACUCUACUACACAUGAUUUCCAAGAUCUGCAAAGUUUUCACAUGAUUACGAAACUAUCAGAUCUUACUAAAAAUAUUUUCCUUUUUUAAUCUGGUUUUUUUUUUCAUAUAAAAUAAUAUAAAUUUUAAUUUCAUUCAGACUUAAAGUCAACAGGUAAUUUUGCGCAGGCGCAUAAUUAUUAUUAUGGAAUUAUGUCAUAUAACCUACAUAAUUUUAGUAAGUUAGCAUGCUAUAACCAAGUUUCUUGUAUUACUGUGAUCUUUGUCGUAACAACUGACGCUUUAAUACUUACUUUCUCUCUAUAUAAUCGGAAACUAGUUCCCCUUAUCCUAACAGAUUUUUUUAUGAUCAUCAGCUACCUUUAUAAGUAAGCAUACUUCAAACAACAUUUAAUUGUUUGAUUGCAGGUAUCAAUAACUUGCAAUGAAUCGCGUAUUUUCAUUAAAAUACAGAAGUUACUAAAUAAUUUGUAUAAACGGCUUCUUCUUGACUUGCGACUGCAUCGUAUGGAUUGUACAGGGGGACAACCUAUCUCCACUGAUAUCGUAACAUUCCAGUAUUUCAUGCCGCUUAGAAAGCUGUGGCUUUGAAGAACCAAAAUCCUUCAGCUUUCG